AUGCAAUCAUUCAUGAUGCCAAAGGCUCUGUAUUUUUGUAUUCCAUUUCGUGACCUGGUUGAAAAUCCAGCAGGGUUUGGAAAUAAUAAUGAGAUCUUUACUGUUAUGGACGAAGUUCUGGCUGCUGCCCACCAGAAUAAAGAAUCGGUGUUCCUAUACAAGGGAGGAAACUUGAAGACAAUACUUUGCUUUUCAUUCGUAGAGAUUGGUCAUCUACAUUCUAAGUUCAGACCCACGUACCAAAAACCAUACAAUUGGAGUCGUAGUUGGACACUCAGCUUAAAAGGAAGCAAUGUCAAACCAUUGGAAAAUGAGAUGAUGCAGGAGAACAUGACAACAGCAAUGGACAUAUGCAAGAAAAUCAUUAAAGACCACCCAACACCAUGAUCUACGAAAAUCAUAUGUCGUAGCCAGCAUCUAAUAUCGCUCCUACUAUUUUGUAAUCGAAUGCAAUGUAAUGAUCAGUAGUUUUUGUAAUCCAAUGGCAUGUAAUCAUAGGUUCCUUUGUAAUCUAAUGCCAUGUUAACUCCUCUCUUCAUAUAUUUAUCUGCUGAAAAAACAAAACAAUACAAACUUAAACAGAUAAAUU